AUGCGGUGCGGUGGGGACCGCGGGCGCUACCUGGUGGGUCGGGCAAGGAGGGCCACCAUCUUCAGGGUAGAGGUUGUGCAGCAAGGCACGGCUCUGGAGGAGCGAGAGGUGGCGGGGAUCGGGGAGGAGUUGGGGCUGCUGGUGGAGGACAUCAUACAAGUGGUGGAGGUGGUGGCGGAGGAGUGGGAGCAGGUGCUGGCAGAGGAGCGGGAGGAGAAGCCCCAGGAGCAGGGGCUGGAAAUGCCUGGGCCGUGACCCAUGACUGCCUGGCCCCCGCUGGAGGCGCUGGAGGCCCUGCAGUUAGAGCUGAGCACUCUGAAUGCCCAAGCCAGCAGGGCCUACACUUGGCUCAAGCACAAGAUCGGUCAGAGGCAGAAGCCUCACUUGGAUUGCAGAAGGGCCAUCCUCCAGGGCAUCCCUGGCUUCUGGGCCAGAGCCGUUAUGAACCACCCCCAGAUGUUGGCCAUAAUCAAUGACCAAGAUGAAGACAUGCUUAGCUACAUGAUCCAUUUGGAGGUGCAGGAACUGGGCCAUCCCAGGCACCGCUGCAAGUUGAUGUGUUUUUUUUGGAACAACCCCUACUUCUGGAACAACGCGAUCAUUAAGGAGUAACACCUUAGCAUCGCUGGAUAUAGGGCGUCUCGUUACACUCCAGUCCAGUGGUUCUGGGAUUAUGAACUGGGAGCCCCCAGUCGCAGGCAGGACACCACCAGCCUUAACUUCCUCAACUGGUUGUCUGACCGCAACUGCCCAGGGUCUAACAGGAUUGCUGAGAUCAUCAGCGAAGACCUGUGGCCCAAUCCCCUGCACUACUACCCCAGGGAGGAAGGCUCCACUGGGACAGACCCGGAGAUGAAGGCACUGAGGGAGCAUCAGAGUUUGGCCAAAUAG